AUGGCCAUGAAAGCUGCUUGCAUCGUGGCUUUCUUGACCGCUUUCGUGGUUUCUGCUGAAACCAUUGCCGGAACAGAAGCCGAAGCGUGCCAGUCCGGGAGCCUUAUCCAGCAACGCCUGGGCUCAUCUCACGCCGUGCUGCCCGAGGAGACGGAGGCGCCUGGCCCGGACACCGCAAAGACAAUGAAGCCCCUAGAGAAGAAGAAGCUUCAGAAAAGGAAGAAGUUGGAGAAGAUGCAGAAGUUUCUCGCCGAGUCGAAGAUGCAAGCCUCAGCCCUGGACCUGGAUGCAGUCAUCGCCCGCCUCAUCGAGAAGGGGGACUACAAAGCCAAGAAGGCAAAGAGGGCCGCUGAUGAGUACCGGAAGUUCCUCGUGUUGAUGGGCAUGGGGAAGACACCGUUGGCCUCUAAGAUGGUCCUUGAUGCGUGGCAGGCCCACGUCAUGCCGCCCGCCCUGAAAAUACAGCUUUUUCUUUUCUGGGGAGGCAUCGCCAGGUACACGAAAAUGUACGAGCAGGACUGCGAGACGGUCUUGGGCCACUUUUUGGAGCACGACCCCCUCAACCAGCAAAUGGACGAGGGCCGUCUGGAGCAAACAAAGCAGCAGAUUUGCGACUACUUCGGCAGGGUCGACCCACUUGUUUGGGCCAAGCCAUCGAAGACAUCGAAGAGCGUCGUUUUCUCCCAGAGCACGAACCUCGCUGAGGCAGCCAAUGCCACGAUGGAGGCGUGGCUGGACCACAUCAACGAGAAAGUGCAGCUACGUCGAGAGCUUGUGACAGAGGACGUGCACUUGUUGGUGCUUUCACAACACUACGACAGAGCCAGUACGCACGACGGCGUUGACAGCGUCAUGUCCUUCUUCCACCGCUACGGACAUGCCGCCAGGGCACGUGAGUUCCUGUCCGUUGACCCUGGGGCCUUUGCCAUUGAGAUGAUGAGGGACGAUCGUGUGCAGCGAGAGGGAGCCGACAUCUUCGAGGUGAACGCUGAAGGCAAGAUCUUUGACAUCAAAGUUUGGAUGGCUACUUUCAGAAACGACACGGAAGACUUCAACGCGUGGAUGCAGAGCCUGAACGAGCCCGAUCCCAAAGAAGCUCUUCUGGCGUCCGACGCACGCCUGGUCCUGGUGGCGCAGAACACCUUGGGGCAUCCGAUAGUACACCAGGGAAAGGCCGAGGUGAUGAGUUUUUUCCAGGGCUAUGAGCAUGCCUCCGGGGCUCGAGAGUUCCUGUCUGUGGACGGAGGAGCCUUCAUGAUCGAGGUCAAGCACGGCAUGCCCCACGCGCGCAUGGGAAUCCUGGUUUUCGAGGUGAACCCCGACGGCAAGAUCCAGAACAUCAAGGUCUGGACGGGCGACCUGCGGCAU